AGUGAUUUAGAGAAUGACGUAUUGGCUAAUUUUGAUAAUAUGAGUGAAGAUGGAUGGGAAUUUGAUGUAAAUUUAUACUAUUAUCUUUUUUUCCAAAUAGUGUGGUGUAUUUAAUCAUAUUCUCUAAUUAUUGUUAGACAAUUAAAAAUAAUGAACAAAAAACAAUUAAGCAAAAAAAUGUAGAAAGGAAAGAACCUUCAAAAAAUGAAGCAGCUAUAGAUUCAGGAGUAUCAACGCCAACUUAUACCCGAAAUUUAGAAACACUACCACUUGCUCGUAUGUUUAUGAAUACAGAGCAAAAGUCACUUGAAUUGCUAACUAUACCCAAUAAUAAUAUAAACCAUUCGCCAACGAAAUACAUGAAUGAAAACAGAUUACCUUCGCCGAAUCCUUUUAUGGAGAAUAAUACCAAAAGCAACUCUCUACCUGUAACACCGCUUACAACUAAUCAUAUACACAGUCAACUUGAUGAUUCCAUUUCUAAACAAAAUAUUAAAAAAAAAACAGCAAAGGACAUUCCAAACGUGGAUACUUCAUCAAAUCAUAAUACAGCUAAAUUAGUGCCUGAAGCAACGUCACCACGACAUUUAAUGAAUUCUCCAGUUCCAAAGCUGGUGCCUAUGACACUUUCUGGAUCACUAGAGGGCGGAAAGCCAAUGAUACGAGCUAGGUCCCAUUCAGUACAACGACCCACGAAUGACUAUGAAAAGGGUCGUUUAAAUUCUGCUCCAAUGAUAGUCUCUUUAUCAGAAACAGAUCAGUUAGUUCCUAAUUGCAAAAGCUCUUCUGUUAACGUACCUUCUCCUUUAGCAAGAAGAGCACGAUCUGCAACCACUUUAAGGCCUUCAGAAGAAGAAAAUGGAUCAUUUAAAAUAUUAGUGAAUAGCAAGCAACCGAAAUAUCUAACACAAGAUGAAUCUCAACGACAAAACAGUAAUGACUCAAAUAUAAAGACAUCCAAUCUAAAGAAUAUCCCGUCUUUAAAAUCAGUUGUAUCUGAAGCAGAAAUAUACAAGCAAAAAUUAGAACAUGAAAAUCAACAGAAAAUGAAUAUACCUGUUGUUCAACCUCUUUCUUUAGACACUAUUCACUCACAACAGCAAUUUUAUGAUUCAGUUUGGAAUGCUUUAAAUGAUUUACAAUGCUGGUUAGAUGCAAUGGAAAAUGGCUUGUUGCAAUUAAAUCAUGAUAAUGUCCUAUAAUCAAAUGUAGUAAUAAAAUCUAUAAGUAUAUAUUUUUAUUUUUGUAUAAAUAUCGAUUCACCUUGAG